UAUGGCUCGAAUGUCUGGUCGUUAACGUAUAAUGUGCAUAAACAGCGUACACAUGAAUAUGGAUACAUACAGACCCAUAUAAACGAACGGUGAUGCGUGAUUCUCAAGAGUGAAAUUUGUUAACUGCGCAAACGCAAACGCGUUUCUCAAGCCACCAAAAGAUACGAAAUACAUCCCUCUCAAUGUCGCCGCUGACGUCGUCGCUUCUGCUUUUUUCGCUGCUGACGUCGAGCCUGGAAGCAAUUCCGGUUUUACAGCCAUCGUUCCCUCCCUCGUCGCCAUCGCCCGCGCCCUCGCCAGGCGUGCGAAUUCUUCGCGCACCCGAAUCAAUUGUGGCGCCCCUUGGAGAUGAGGUGGUGUUUGAGUGCGAGACCAGUUUGCAGCCAGAGGGUUUCGAGUGGAGCUAUCGCCGCUGGCCGAAUGCCGCAAAUUCCAAUGGAUCCGUGGGAGCCAGCCGAUUUAAAUACCUGAAAUCGGGCAAUGGCAAGCUGAACGUAACCCAAGAGACGGCCAUUUCCCGUCUGCGUGUCCUUGUGCGGCCAGACACGGUCGGCGAGUAUCGAUGUAUUGGCUGGUUUGGCCCGCUCGUGGUUACCUCUACCACGGCCAGGCUGGAGUUGGCGAACACCAGCGUUAAGGGCCGGCAGGAGACUCACUUGCAAUGGCGUGUGGCCCCGGGAAACUCUGUCCUUUGGUCAUGUGGUCAGCAGGUGCAUUCAAAUCCCUCGGCCAGCUGGUCCUAUUAUCGAAAUGGAGUGGAAAUUAAGCCAGAAUUGGCUGCCACCAAUGGAAAUUUAUUUCUGACAAACGUUUCCACUGCCUCCGCGGGAAAGUACACCUGUCUGGCCACCAAUCCGGCUUCUGGAGCCCGUAUCGAAAUUUCUAGCUCCAUGGUACUGGAGGUGCUGUCCGGUCGAGGAUCUCAGAAUAAGGCUCCUCACCUGCUAAGCGGUCAACCAACGUCCCAAGCCGUAACCAUACGAGAAGGAAGUACCCUGCUGCUGCUAUGUCCCGGUGUGGGCUCACCGACGCCCACUGCCGUGUGGAGCAGCCCGGAUGUGGUUGAGGCGAUACACAACAAACGAACCAGAGUGCUCAACCAUGGACUGGAGAUAUCCAAUGUCCAAGGGCACGACACUGGCACCUACAUUUGCUACCUGGACAAUGGCGUACGCCCAACGCUCGAGCAUUUUAUCAAUGUGACAGUGGAGGUACCGCCGCGGAUAACGCGUCCCCCGUGGGCCGAUCUUACCAACGAGGGGGAACGCAUGCAGCUGGAAUGCGAGGCAACUGGAGUGCCAGCUCCAGAGCUCUACUGGCUGCUGAAUGGCGAGAGCAGCAUUAAUGACACCGAGGCUGAACAGCUGCCCAAUGGAUACUUGGUCCUACACAGCGUCCAGAAGCGUCAUGCCGGCUAUGUGCAGUGCUUUGCCCGUAACAGACUGGGCGAACAGAGUGCCGGAACGCUGCUUCAGGUGAAUCCCAAGCAGAUACAGAGUGAGCCCCGAGAGACUGGUAGUGGUGGGGGCUUUGGCUCCCAUCGGUCCAUGAAGCCCGUCAACCAUGGCCAAAAGCCGACCAAGAUGAUCCCGCCAUCGCCACCGAAUGUCACCCGACUGUCCGAUGAAUCGGUGAUGCUCCGCUGGCAUGUGCCGCGCAACGAUGGCCUUCUCAUACUCUUCUUCAAGGUGCAGUACCGCAUGAUCAGCGAGGGCAAGCGCAAGAACUGGCAGACGACCAACGAUAAUAUACCCUAUGGCAAGCCCAAAUGGAACUCGGAGCUGGGUAAGAGCUUUACCGCAUCGGUGACCGAUUUGAAGCCCCAGCGCACCUAUCGCUUCCGCAUCCUGGCCGUCUACUCAAACAAUGACAACAAGGAGAGCAACACUUCGGCCAAGUUUUAUCUGCAACCAGGAGCCGCCCUCGAACCGAUGCCGGUGCCAGAGCUGCUGGAGAUCGAGGAGUACUCGGAGACGGCUGUGGUGUUGCACUGGCGCCUCGACAGCGAUGCCGAUGAGCAUCUAAUCACGGGCUACUAUGCCUACUAUCGUCCGUCCUCCUCGGCCGGGGAAUAUUACAAAGCCACCAUCGAAGGUGCUCAUGCGAGGAGCUUCCAAAUCGCCACCUUGGAGGCCGCAACCAUCUACGAAUUUAAGCUGCAGUCCUUCAGUGCUGUCUCCGCCUCCGAGUUCAGCGCCCUCAAGCAAGGACGCACGCAGAGACCUAGGGCCAGCACCACGGAGGAGCCAACAAUUCAAGGAAUCGGCGAUCGAGACACAACCAGCCACAACCAGCCCAGCCACAACGAAACAGUCAGCAUGAGUCCCAUGCUCACGGGCACAAUUGGUGGCGGGGCCUUGCUGCUCAUUCUGCUGGUUAGCGCCUUCCUGUGCAUGUGUCGACGUCGGAGUCCUCGGGGACGGGGCCAAACCCAGAACAAACCGCGCAUGGCCGAGCUGCGUGAGGAUUUUGUGCCGCUGGGCAGCUGCUCACCGAACAAACAACGCCAGCGCACGAGGCACAUUCACAUCACUCUGAAUCCGCUUGCACAGCAGCAGCAACAGCAGCUAGACGAGAAGAACCCACCUGGCCUCGAGACUGACAACGAUAUGGCGUACUUUCAGCGACAACCCACCUACGAAUACGACCCGGGACUCCGGCGAAUGUCAUCCUCUUCGCUACGUCGCUCUCAACGCACGCUGGAACGUGCUGGCGGUGCAAAUUCCGGCGGCAACAAUGGCGGAAACAACAAUAAUCUCAACCAGUCAUCCGAGGCUGGGACGGCGGAUGGUCCUUGCAUGCAGAGCUCCAGCAAGCCUGGACGAGUCAUCAUGAAGCGGCCGCGUCUUUCCAGUCGCUCGGAGAACCUCUCCUCCGGCAGCCUGAACAGCGUGGGCGUAUAAUCUCGUGAUCUUUUUAGUCUGUACAUCCCUAUAACCGAUGUAUCUAGCUAUUCCUCUACCUCUGUUUUAUCUCUGACUUAAAAUGACAAAACCUUUACAGUUUGUACUUAUGCGAAUACGACAUAGCCUUAAGGUACUUAAUUAGAUUAGAUUUAUGCAUGCAUGAUCGUUUAAGAACUUAGCAUAUUGUAUGUCCACCUCUCAUUAAGUCUUCCAAAUUUCGAUACACAUAAGAUCCAAUUCUGUA